GAGAUGUAGCGCUGCACUUGUGACUGGUUGAUGGCAUACAUUGAUGUCCACAUCAGACUGCCACCGACAACAAUUGUCCAAAAUGAGUGACGCCUCAAAGGAUCAGGAUCAAAACUGCAAGAACAUUUGAGAUAUGAGAGAUAAUGAGAGAUCAGGUUCAGUGUCUGUAUAAGAGCAGCCGGGUUUAAACACAGACAGGCUUCUCAGAUCCUCAAGGUAAGCAUCCUGUAUAAUAUUCUGUGAUUUUUGUCAGUCAUAAAGAUUACUGGAACAUAAUGCACAUCAGAAGACAGCUAUAAGUAUUUUAUAUACUGUAGGGCUUUGCGUAACUACUCAUUUUAUUCCUGUAAUGCUUUACAGUUUUCAACACCUCUCUCACAGAUAUCCUGAUAUAUUGAGAGCUACGAUGUCUCCUGUGUAUGUGAUUGGCAUGUUGGGACUUUUGAUGAAGCUUGCAAUGCCUAUAUGUGUUCCCACCGAGUACACCCUUUAUAUAGAAAGACAGGAGUGUAAUUAUUGUGUGGCGGUCAACACCACCAUUUGCAUGGGCUUCUGCUUUUCCAGGGACAGUAAUGUAAAAGAGUUGCUUGGUCCUCGUUUCCUGGUCCAGAGGGGUUGUACAUAUGAAGAAGUUGAGUACCGAACGGCCGUCCUGCCCGGCUGCCCGUCGCACGCAGAUCCACACUUUACCUACCCGGUGGCUGUAAGCUGUCACUGCAGUACUUGUAACACACACAGUGACGAAUGUGCACACAAAACCAGCAACUCUGGAGUGAGAUGCUCCAAACCCGUCCGUCAUCUGUACCCCGACCCUGAUGAGAACAACUUCGUCCAGGCAUUCUGGGAGCAGUAUGAGUGAUUUAAAUGAUCGGAUUGUGAUUAUUUUGGGGGUACUUCAGUAUUUCUUGACUAACAUAGUCUUUUAUAGGUUGAUGGAAAUGAAUAAAAUAGCUUAUGCUGUAGCAUUUAUGUGGACUUUCAUUUGUUGGGUUGUUAAGUAGGUCUUUUUUCUUAAGGUUACCUAACCUACCAUGUUUAGACAGUUUACAGUCUACAACUGUAGUAAUGUUUUAUUGUUUCAUUGGUGGAUAAGUGUCUAUAUAAAAAAAUAUAAAGAAACAUUCCCCAAUAAAAAAAGUGUUCUCACGCUUGCAUCAGUUGAGCUCUGUUCAAACAAAUAGUUUUUACUUUUCAGAAAAAUAACGUCCUUUAAGUUAUUUUACAACAUAGCGUUCAUGUCAAAACUUGAAAAUAUGCUGCUUGGUUGGGAAAAUGUGUGGAAUUUUGGAGAGACGUCGUUGAAUACUAAUGUUAAAAAAACUGCCUUGGGGUAAUGUAUAGCUUUACCUCAUUUGCAUAAACUGCUCUAUACUAAGUAACUUUAUAUCUGAGAGAUCUAAAAUGCUGACAUAAACAUACAAGUUGCUUAAGGCAUAUAACUUAUUUGCUCAUUCCUCAUAAAUAAUUGUUUUAGAAAAGCUGUCAUUGUAGUUUAUGUGAGUGCUAAAUGAGCGUUCAGUGAUGUAUAUUUAGAAAGCCAAACAGCUGCGAGCUAUUUAUAUUACAAGCUCAGUAUGUGAGACACGUAAAGAGUUCAUCCUUUUUUGUGUUCAUUCUUACCAAAGUCCAUUUAUUACGUUUUUCAUGAUUGCCUUUAUAAACAAUAUCAUAUUUUAUGAGUAACUGACCAUUUGUUAGUCUGUCUUGUUUUAUGGCUGUCAUGCAAUGAAAACAAUUGAAGAUGUGUAAGAGCCUCCCAGAGGCUGGACAAUAACUGCCAUUGUAAGUGGUCACAUGUUUGCCGUUUAUUGCAGGACAAAGAUACAUUUGGAUGUCAUCAUUUUAUAUCCUGUUAGCAAGUCAGUGUCCUGAAAACCUUUCCACCCUGAAAACUGCAACAGAGAGUAUA